AGCUUUCAUAGUUCUCUAGAUCAGGAGAUGCACAUUUUAUCUAAAAGCGAACGAUAUGUUUUGUGUAGAGAAUUGAAUAGGGAACCCUUUUUCAAAGAAGCUAAGGACAGGUGACGAAAACUGAAAAAACUAUUAAGGAGAUACUGAGACCGCCAUUUAUUCGGCUACAUACGUUAGUUUCUAUAAUUACAUAAUCUCAGAUGUAUUGUUGAAGGGAAAGAAUACGUUUGAAGACGGUAGAAGGUGCAAAAUCUUUUUUUGGUGGCGUUUAGUAUUUAAAUUUUUUCUCACUUUUCUCUUUUUCUAACGGGAAAAUGAACAACCACGUUAGCAUGUUGAAAACAUGCAGAAAUAAUGCUUGGCAUUUUUUGUAUCGCAUCUUAUUCUUACUAUAUUAUUUAGAUUCUGUUAAUCAUAAACGAGAAGAAGCUAAUCGAAAACGGGAAACAGAAAUGGACAAUGCGAUUAAAAUAUGGGAGAAAACAGAUCGUGAUGAGUUCAAACGUCGAGUGGAGAAUAAAACGAAUGAACUUAUUCAAAUAUGGGAAAAUGAGAUUUUAGCUGAACGUAUAUUAUUAAAUGAACAACGAAAAAAUGAAAAUGUCACGGGAAUAAUAUGUUGUAAAAAAUGUAAUCAUGAACUAGGUGAAAUAGCAUGGUUGAAACGUCGAAAUACUGCAUAUUUUAUUACAAACGAAAAUUUUUUCAAAAAAACAACUGUUUCAGCAACACCAUUUACUAGAGUACAAGAAAUUUUAUUUAAAGGUACAUUUCUCCAACGAGGAAAUAAAUCUUUUGAGUCCUACAAAAAGAGCUCAAAACAAGUUUUCGAUAUAAGUUUGGCAGGGAGGGAAGGUGAUGUUAAGUGUCAAUGCGGAUCGAAGCUUGGUGGUUUUCAGAAAUAUUUAGAUAGACGAGAUCUUGGUGAUAUGUGUGCACUCGCUUGCAAAAAUGUUAAAUUUCGACGCGAUAAUGAAACACAAUAUUUUAUGAUUCCAAAAUGGACAGCUGUUCGAGAGUUUUAUGUACCCUUUAUUGAGGAAUUGUGA